GGGAAAGCUUUAGUUUUGAGGUGUUUAUAAGUGAGGAGGCUGGUCAUUUGGCAAAAAUGUUCCGUUUGCUGGUGCUGUGGGUCACUGUGGUGCUGGUCGUGGCGCUGGAUGAAAGGGAGUUUGAUCCACAGGUGGCACCACCCCAAAAUACAGUUCCCAAACCCUUUCAACUUUGGCGCAAUUUUGCCAGCCAGGUUCGCAGAGUCUUCAAUAACCUUCAAACUAAAACCAUCCACCCACCACCUCCCACUGCCAAAGUCAGGAUUAGGAGCACCACGACUCCGGAGCCGGAACUUCAGUUCUAUGGAGCCCUGAACCCUAUUUAUCAAACUGGGAACUUUUAA